UCAUAUAUAAGGCUGGUGCAGUCGGCGCUUGCCCGAGGAAACACGCCCCUGGCACAACAGUAUGCCCGCGCUGCCAAAUUCAUGUGCCGCACCCACAAAUCUGCGAAAGCUUUUUUGGAGGCUUUUGCCCGUUUUGGUGACCCUUCACCUGAGUCCAUGACUUUCAUUCAGCCUUUUCCAGUGAGAACGUCGGGACAAAUUUAUGCAUUUCGAUAUUCACCAAGUAAGAUAAAAUUAACAUACGAGGGAAAGAAACUGAGUCUUGACAAAAACUCGAGAAGUAUAGAAGUGGCUAAUGAAGACUGGGAAUUGGAAGUAAUGCCUAUGGAUCCAGAAGAUGCAUCGCCGUUAUUACAAAAGGAAUUUGCAAGAAUAGCGUCAAAUGAAUGCAGAAAUAACAUAAUGAAACUGGCGAGGAAAAGUGACAAAUAUGAGGAAGAAAAGGAAAGAGAGAACUUAGUGAGACAACUACUGCACCUUUAUAAGAUGAAGAGGGACAGGAAAAGGAAGGAGGAAAAUAUUAAGAGAAGAAAUCAACAGCAAAAGAUGAGAGAGAACGUAAAGAUAAAGAUACAGAAAGAACUAGAGAUCCAAAGAGAACUAAAGGAAAGGAUGCUCCAGAGGGAACUGAGUAUGAUGAGGAAAAUGAACGUGGAUGCGAAACCACCAAAGAAAGUAAAACCUGUGAAAUCAGGACAGUUUCCAAGAAACACUUGAGAAUGGGAAAAGAUUCUUUGAGGAACAUCACUACCGUCAAGCUGUCAUGGCUUUUGAGAAGAUUAUGGAGGAGCAUCUCAAAAAACACAAAGGUGACCUGAAGGAAAUCCAGUUUGCAACAGCCUUGUGUGAGAUACAAUCUGGACGAGGCUACAUUACUGAUGGUAUGGAUAUCCUGAAGGUUUUAGUAGGUGACGCGGAAUUUGCAUCAGCUGCUCACUAUUGGCUUGCAGUUAGUUGCGAGAAGAUUUGUAUGUUUAAAGCUGCAGGGAGAUAUGCAGAACUUUGUAUUAAAGAACUAAAAGAAAAUAGAAACUAUAAAGGAAAUAUGUGGCCUGGUUCUUCCGAGAUCAUUCCUGAGACUACCCCUGCAUAUCUGGCAAAAGGCUCCAAGGAACUGCUUGAGAGAGUGACAUCAUCAGUUCCAGCACCUAAAGCAAAGUGCCAUCUGAGUAACUGUUGUUCAGUUCAAGGUCAUGCUUUUGCCAAACAGGAAAUUUAUUUACAAGACCUUGAAUUUAAAGGUUAUAUAAAUGUGACAUGUGAGGAGGAUUGCAUCAUCAGUUUCCAUCAUGUGUGCUGGAAAUCCUUGAAGGAACAAGAAAAAGAUGCCAAGAAAACAGAAAAGGAUUUUCUAGGUACAGAAUGCAUAACUCCAGAUUGUUCAGGCCUGAUAUAUAGCAUAACUAUAUAUGACAAUAACAAUGAAGUAAAGUUGGAACUAGUUAAAGAUAAAAAAAGAAAUGAAAGUACAAUAAAGGAAAAGAAGAAGAAGGAAAAAAAGAAAGAGAAACCACCAACGACCAAACCAGAUGCACGAGAAAAGAAGAAAGAGAAGCAAGGAAGUGCAAGCAUGGAAGCUGCUGGAUUAGAACAGAAACUACACUUGAAUGACACAGUAAAGGAGCCCUUUGUAAGAGAUACCACACAAGAAAUGGAAUCAACUGUUUCCAAAGCUCCUGCCCUGCCAAUUGAUCCUGAAAGCCUGGAAUGGAUAAAUGUUACUGUGCUCAAGCCAUCUGCUGAAGAAGAACAGACAGAUAAGGCUAAAUCCAUAAAGAAAAAGAAGAAAAAGAAGAAAAAGAAAGCCACACCUCAAGCUGAUCUUUUAGGAGAUCCACUAGAUGCAUCUGAAAAUGUUGAGAAUGAAUAUGUAGCACGUUUAAAAUUACUGAAGCAGGAGAAAGAAGAGAAAAUGAUGUCCAAUGAAGAACUAAGGAAACUGAAGAGGGCAAGAGCUCUACAAAAGAAAACCUCAAAAAAUGAAGCUUCCGAUAAUGUGGGGGAACUGCCAUCUGAAUGUCAGUAUGUGCCACCGAUUGACCCAAACAACCCAUUCUUCAUACCAGAAGAGCUUAGAAAAGAUAAUGUGAAAUUUGAGCAAUUCUUAAAAGGAGAAAAAUUUUGUGGAAAAACUUUGGAUGAUCCACUAAACACAGUUGUUCCUUGUUAUGAUGGUGACAUUAGUAUAAAUAUCCAAAGCAGGCUUCAAGAGGUAGGUCAAAAAAUACAAAACAGAAUCCACCAGUUCUCCGGACAGUAAUGAAGACAUGGUCACCGAAGCUGAGAGUGCAGCAUGUGCUGAUCUGAGAGCAGAAAUUCCUGAUAUAUCAUGCUCUGAUGUUGAUGUCAAUGUUACAUGUUCAAUUUGUCUGGAACCAAAUGAUGAUUUUGACUCGGAGACCCUUGACUGUCAACACAGAUUUCACCGUAAAUGCGUAAGAUAUUGGCUAAAACAACAGUCAAAUUGCCCUAACUGUCGGAAAUUUGCACUAACACAGGAAGACUAUCCAUCAUUGUUAGAUGCUAGAAAAUGGUUAUCAGCAUGAUUUUUUUCUUUCU